AUGGCCUUCUAUGACAACUCCUACGACGUUGACCAGGCGCGGAAAUUCAGGGACGACGUCGACAACAAAAUCGUCUACCUCCAAUCCGCCGGGCUUGAUUCGGAAUACCGCGCCGGCAAAGAGCGUCACGCCUUCCUCUUCUGGGACGUGUCCAAGCCUGAGAUUCCCGGCUACGAAGUAUCCAAGAUGGUCCACCUCACGGGCUCGUACGGCAAGUGGGCGUUGAGCAUCGAGUGCAAGCGCCGCCACUCGGAUUACCGCCAGAAGAACCAGAUUCGCGCGUUGGGGACGUUCUCGAGGGCGCAGCGCGACCGCAUCCUUACGCAUGCUCGCGAUGUAAGGUUCGACAAGCACUCGCGUGUGAACUCGUGCAGGACUUUCUUGAGGGACUUGUUGGUGUUGAUGGUUGAGGACGCGUAUUUGCCGGUUACGCAGGGGCAGCUUGAUGCGCUCCAUACGGCGGUGCCGCUUCUGUACCGGGUGGCUGAGCUCGAGCGGUGA